CCGAAUGGAGCCAUUUAUUCGGCAAAUUAUACCGAUWUUUSAGGAUUUCUAUCGACGGGUGACUACCGAACAGUGGAACAGAAUUGUCGGAUCCAUACAAGAGUUGGCCGAAGCUAUUGUCGAUGAAACUGAYGUUCUUCGCAAAAAUGGCGGUCGGUUUGCUUCGUUAGACGAAAAACUACGGAUUCGCCGUAUAUCAGUAGCCGUAUUACCCGUACUGCUGAACAUUCCCUACGGYCUGGAUAUUGAACUACCGGAGCGCGACUGGUCUUGUCCUCGAAUGAAACAAUUGAUAGACAUACUAACCGAUCACGUUAUCUAUACUAAYGAUAUAUUUUCGUUUGAAAAAGAGUUAGUAGCUGUCAGUAAAACCAUAUCGACUACUGAUAAAACUGUGGACAACAGCAGCACCUGUACUCUAUCAUCAGCACCCGAUGCCGAUGAUGCUAAUGGUGCUGACUAUCAGCUACUGCUCCAGAUGUCCAACAUUGUGCCAUGACUGCCGUUGACCUGAAAUGUUCAAUACGGACGGCACAGACUAUUAUCGCCGAAAAGAUUGAACAAUUGGAUCGACAGAUCAUACAACUGGUUAACGACUGGACAGCCGACRCCGCCGCCGCCGCCGCCGAUGAUGAUGACAAMCGUAGCCGUGGCCAACAGUUUUCAUCGUUAUCGGCCGGUGGCCAACAAUUUGUUCGGGCCUUACUCUAUACGCCCGGCGGUAACUAUAGGUUUAGUGUGUCGUGUGAACGAUACAGAAUAGUUUGAUUGAUUAGAUG